CACGACAGAGUCAGUUUAUGAAAAACGAAUAUAUUGUAAUUUAUUAUGAAUAUAAUGAUUUUUUUCCAACAUAUGCAUGCACCUGUUUGUAAAUUGCAAUAACAUAAAACGUUAUACCGAAGUCAAUACAACAUUUUCUUCAGUUAUUUCUGUGUAUUCUUCCAAAGCUUUAAUUACUACUUCGGUGCAAAACGGUAAAUGUUCAAAAGAAUACAGUAAUCAAGUUUUAAUAUUACAAAAACCCAUAGUUUAAUCCUAAUUUGUUUUUUCGCUGGAUUUUGGAAACUUAACACCUUGCAACUGCAAUGGAAACAGAUCGAAAGGCUUUUUAAGAAUAUAGUGAAAAGUGGAUCUAAAUACGGAAAUACUAAUUAAAAGGGAGUGUUUGCAUUGCCUCUUACGAAGAACUUGUCUUCAUCUUGUUAAAAAUUCUGCUGUCGACACUUCUGUUUUCACUGGUGUUUCUUUCAUUGUUUCCUUUCACUUCAGCAUCAUAACAACAGAAUGCGUUAAUAUGUCUUUACACCAAGAUAUUAUUGUUUUUAAUCGCUUCAGUGAGAUACAACUGUUUCCAAGAAACUGCUACAAUUAAUCGGUCAUUUUCAGUGUAUAUAUUUUUCUCAAAGUCAACUCACAUAGCGUUUUCGCGUUAUCGUCUCUGUGUCAUAUUAGUCAAGGACAACGCGGGCGACUUUAUUUUGGAUUCUAAAAAUGCUAAAUACAAACAACACAAUAAAUAAUUCACAGCGUUGAGGAAAUAUGGUACAGAAUUGAAAUCAUUAAUGAGAGCGGAUCAGUUGUCAGAUCACUUCAGCGGAACCGCACGUCUUUAUGGUGGGAGGCGGAGCGCUUUUAAAGAGUUUAUCCCAAACGACGCCAUCCGUGAAUUUCUCGCGAAUUUAAAAGCGUUGUUUGGUGUAACUGUUCAGAAAUCGAGAUGUGGCUUUAGAUAGUAAGUCUGCGCUACUGAUAUGCUAACAUAUAUAAACAAGCUCACCGCGACAUCGGAGCCCUACUCUAGAGAUAUGAAAUCUGCCCUCCGAGCUACGAAUGAAUUGAAGGUAGGACCCAAGUUAUACACUAAAAACUACAACCGCCGCGCCAGUUGUCCUGAAGUUGGGCUAAGCUCUCUGCGAGUAACUCAACAUCCAGAGGAGAGAAGACUACUUAGCGCUCGGGUGAAGAUCAACAUAAGUGGGAAAAUGUACGAAACACUGUACUCCACAUUAGCGCGGUUUCCAAACACCCUUCUAGGAAAUCCCGCAAAAAGGAAGAAGUACUUCGACAAUGAGCGACAGGAAUAUUUCUUUAAUCGGAAUCGAAAUGCGUUUGACGCAAUUCUUUUUUAUUAUCAAUCGAAUGGUCUCCUCACCAGACCAAACAACGUCAGGUUGCAAGAAUUCUGCGAUGAACUGAAAUUUUUUCAAAUUGAGGAAGAAACUCUCACCGAAUUCAAGAGAGACGAGGGUGCCAUUGAAGACGAUGACGACGAACCAGUUGUUCUGCCAACAAACGUGGUUUUAGCGAAAAUCUGGCUUUGGUUCGAAUACCCCAAGUGUUCAAAAGUUGCCAAAGUUGUUGCGACUUUUUCUGUCACUUUUAUCGCCAUUUCAAUCUACGUCCUGUGUGCUGAGACAAUAGAUCACGACAAAACUGCCGCAGAUUCCGAAACCAGUCAAUACGGAGACGACGGACUGGCUCAAUUUAACAACGUACUGGAGUUAAUUUGUGUUGCUUGGUUCACCUUAGAAUUCUUCCUGCGGUUAGUUUCGUGUCCGAACAAGCUAAAAUUCAUGCUUGACAUCCUCAACUUGAUUGACCUGGCCGCUAUUGUGCCGUAUUAUUUCGAACUGGCCCUAGACCGCGACUUUGACGCGAAAGAAAUCGUUGACGGGUUUCGAUUGUUGAGAGUUUCUAGACUGUUCAAACUGGCCAGACACCUUGAUGAACUCAAAGUCCUCGUCAAAACCGUUCGUUCGACGUGGCGAGAGCUCUGUAUGAUUCUAUUUUUCAUUCUUAUAACCACUGCAAUCUUUUCUGGGUGGACCUUUUACGUUGAAUACGAAGCUCAGAAGGAUUCAUUUUCGAGUAUUCCUGCCUCAGCUUGGUUUGUUAUAGUAUCGUUAACAAAUGUCGGUUAUGGAGACAUGGUUCCUGUUACCAUAAUGGGAAAGGUUUUAGGAGCUCUCAGCACUUUAGCAGGUGUUUUAGUGAUUGCAUUACCAAGUCCUGUUAUCGUGACGAAAUUUCGUUUAUAUUAUGAAAAGAAAAAAAGGAAAAACCUUUCAAAUUAUAAAUUUUAGUCACGUAUACGCUUUAUGACGUUGUAAUUUCACACUACUCAUGCUCGGUUUAUGCGUUUGCUUUCCAAACGAUUUAUAUCAAGAGAUGGAAACAAGAAUAAUUAUGAAUAAAACGUCAUAUAAAUAUUAAGUAUUACUAAAGAUGAUCAAUGCAAAGAUUGUAAUUAGACCAAAAAGCAAUUAAAAUUCUGCACUCUGAAAUGCGAUUCUAUAGUCUAAUUUUCGCGGGCAACUAACAUUUAUAAUUAGCAAGUUGAAUAAACGAAAAAAGCUUUUGGUCAUCAAAAUAUCAUGGGAUGACGUUUCCCCAUGAGUACUAACAAUGAAUUCUCUCUCGUUCUGUUUUUUUUUUUUUUUUUGGCAUAAAAUAAUUUUCUACCUGCCCUACUCGCUUUUUUAAUCGUUAUUCAAUUCAGCGUCAAAAAAAAUUAGCGUCAUAUUUGUGGCCUAACACCUGUAAAAUAGCGUUUUGUUUCAGGGUCUGUCCGUGUCAUGCUGUUUCAUAAGACUAACUAAGCAAGCAAGAACGUUAUGCCUUACUCUGCGUUUACAAAUGGUGUAGACAGCGCGUAUUUUUAUGCAAUUUUUUCGGUUUCCAACCGUUAGGCCUUUGUUUGACUCAAUCGUUUGGCUCUGAAAUGUUCGGCUGGCCUUUAGCAGCAGGAGGACUGCUGCUAAUCAGUAAUAAUAGGAACAAUAAAGGAUAGUUCUAUUGUAUUUUAGAAAGCCUUUACACAGGUUUGUAUGAGAAAGAAAAAAAAUGCUAGACACUUUUGAUAAGGGACACAGUUUUUAAAUGCAACAUGACUUAGACAUAAACAUCACAUCAUCAAUUAAUGUUUAUACAUUUUCAUUGGCCGAAAGCCCACCACGUGACCUGCGAA